AUGUUAUGUGUUACUGUUGGAACAACUCAAAGAUUUUUUGUCUCAAAACACGGUUGGUUUUAUUAUGGGUGUACUAAAUGUUCUUUAAAGGCAUCUGAUGUGAACAAUCCAUACAAAUGUUCAUGUGGACAGAAUGUAGAACAUGCCAUACCAAGGUAUCGAGUUGACAUAUAUGUAGUUGAUGGUGAUUCCAAAUUUCGCUUUGUGUUUUGGGACACUGACUGUGCCGACAUUAUUGGAAAGUCUGCUGAUAGUAUUUAUAAAGCAAUGCUUGAGGAAGGUGACGACGACCCAAUGAUAUAUCCAGAUGAUCUUGACAUGCUACUUGGUAAAAAGAUGGCGUUUAGGGCUAAAGUUCAGCCAACAUUUGGCCAAGCAUCUGUUUGGAAACUUUCUUAUGAUGAAGAGUUUGUAAAGGAAAUUGAGAAAGAUUAUAUUACUGAUGAAGGAGAUAGCAAAUCUUUAAACCAAAACCCAGUUGUUGAUCGUGUUGAUGAAUCCAUUGAGUCGUUGUCAGCAUAUGGAGAAAAUGAUCCUGAUAAAAUUGUGACCAAUACUCCAUCCAAAGGAAGUCCUGUUUAUCUUGAUGCUGUAGAUUCUGAAUUACAAGCGUAUGGUACUACCCAGCUCUCAGGAACCAAGCCUGCAAAGAAAGUUAAGAUUGAAUCUGAUGCAUGA